ACGCCUUUACUUAUUUUUAACUUGUUGGGUGCAAUCAGUCUCCCACUCUCUCUACUCUCCACUCUCCACCGUCCAACCCCUGCUUAAUUGCCUUCACUCAUCUCUCUCUCUCUCUCUAUAAAAGCAAAGCCCACCAGCAAUCCCAUUUCCCCCCCCCCCCCUCUCUCUCUCUCUCUCUCUCUCUCACCAUGACAGACCCGUACUCAUCAUCACCAUCAUCAUCAAGCUUCUUCACCGCUGGAGGUUGGUUCAAGUUCAACAAUUACCCAUCUCAGUUUCAUCCCCAAACCCAUCACCCCUACUCCCGCAGCUUCUCCAACUCAUCAAACCUCACCUUCAUCAACAAUCUCACCUCAUGUACUGUUGAUCACCAUCAUCAGCAGCACUGUGACCAUGAUGAUGAUCAAGACCCACCUCUCAGAGAAGCCCUUCCUCUCCUCGCCCUAAUCCCUUCAAGAAAUCUGCAUGAGCAAGAUGAGAGCGGUGCUGCUGCAGCUGCAGCAAAUGAAGAUGAUGAAGAUGAGAGUGGUGCUGCAGUCACUGUGGCACUGCACAUAGGGCUCCCUAGCCCUAGUGCUGCUGACAUGGCCUCCAUGCUCUCUUCUUCUUCUUCUUCUUCCUCUUCUUCUUCCUCCACUCACAAACAUGGAGAUGCUGAUCAUGCUUCAGCCAACUCCACACUCAACAAGGGCCAGUAUUGGAUCCCGACCCCUUCUCAGAUUCUUAUUGGACCUACUCAGUUCUCUUGUCCUGUUUGCUGCAAAACCUUCAACAGAUACAACAACAUGCAGAUGCAUAUGUGGGGGCAUGGAUCUCAAUAUCGAAAAGGCCCGGAAUCUCUAAGGGGGACACAACCGACGGGCAUGCUUAGGCUUCCUUGCUAUUGUUGCGCACCUGGGUGCAGGAACAACAUAGACCACCCAAGAUCAAAGCCACUUAAGGAUUUCAGAACCCUUCAAACCCAUUACAAGAGGAAGCAUGGGAUUAAGCCCUUCAUGUGCAGAAAAUGCGGUAAGGCCUUCGCGGUUCGAGGGGAUUGGAGAACCCAUGAGAAGAACUGUGGGAAGCUUUGGUACUGCAUUUGUGGCUCUGACUUUAAGCACAAAAGAUCUCUCAAAGACCACAUUAAGGCUUUUGGGAAUGGCCAUGCAGCUUAUGGCAUAGACGGCUUUGAAGAAGAAGAGGAGCCCGCGUCCGAAGUAGAACAAGAUGAUGAGUCCAUGCAGUGAUAUAUAAAUAUAUUUAUAUAUCUUUAUGUAGCGGAAUUAUUGAUAUGUGGUUUAAUUAAUUAGGUUGGUGAAUUAUAUUGUUUAUCUCACUGAUGAGCUCAUAUAUAUAUAUAUAUUAAGUUAGCUGGGAUUGGUAUAGAGGUGGUUACUUUUCUCAGUAAGAACUGUUUAGGCAUCAAUUAAAUUACUUUGCGAGCCACUUUCCUUUGUU